CCGCCGCCAUUGCCGUUUCACCCCGCGCAGCUCGUCAGGGCCUUGUCGCCGCCGCCGCCAUGGGCCAGUGCGGCAUCACCUCGUCCAAGACGGUGCUGGUGUUCCUCAACCUCAUCUUCUGGGCGGCAGCAGGGAUCCUGUGCUAUGUGGGAGCCUAUGUCUUCAUUACUUACGAUGACUAUGAUCAUUUCUUUGAAGACGUGUACACGCUCAUUCCCGCCGUUGUGAUCAUAGCUGUAGGCACGCUUCUUUUCAUCAUCGGACUUAUUGGAUGCUGUGCCACCAUCCGAGAAAGCCGUUGUGGACUCGCAACGUUUGUGAUCAUCCUCCUCUUGGUUUUUGUCACAGAAGUCGUCGUCGUGGUUUUGGGUUACAUUUACCGAGCAAAGGUGGAAAACGAGGUUGAUCGCAGUAUCGAGAAGGUGUACAAGGCCUAUAAUGGAACCUCUCCUGACGCUGCCAGUCGCGCUAUCGAUUAUGUGCAGAGGCAGCUGCGUUGUUGUGGGAUUCAUAAUUAUUCUGACUGGGAGAAUACAGACUGGUUCAAAGAAACCAAAAAUCAGAGUGUGCCCCUCAGCUGCUGCAAAGCGACUGUCAGCAACUGCAACGGAAGCCUUGCCCGCCCCUCCGACCUCUACUCCGAGGGAUGUGAAGCUUUAGUUGUAAAGAAGCUACAAGACAUCAUGAUGUAUGUUAUCUGGGCAGCAUUGGCGUUUGCUGCCAUUCAGCUGCUGGGCAUGCUGUGCGCCUGUAUAGUGUUGUGCAGGAGGACUAGAGAUCCCGCGUACGAACUUCUGAUCACCGGAGGAACCUACGCUUAGAAGGCUGUGCCAGCCCCUUGAGCGCCGGAUCCCGUGUCCGUUCCUCGGAAGGUGAAUGGGGCGGGCCUCUGGCCUUAGCCCUGCUCCUCUCCCCCCCCACCCCACCCCGGUCCGCGCAGUAGACGCAGCCGAAGCACACUUUGCACAGUCGAGGGCAGCCGUGACGUGCACUGGUGACGGCGAGGCAACUAGCUCUCUGUGCCCCCACAAACGUACCUUGGACACCAUUUUCCCCCACCGCUUUGGCCAACUGUCCAUGUAGUCGAGGAGGUCUUGAGUGGGCGAGUUAAGCGUUCUAACAAGAGGACCGUGGCUUGGGGCGGCUAGGGUGAAUGCCCACGUCGACGUCCGCUGAACGCACGCAGACCAAUUCCGGACUCCUAAAUCUUCUUCAACUAGGUGGGAUUCUUGGCCAAAGCAUUUUUGGAGGGAGGGAAAAAAGGACUCCAGCUAUCGAUUUAAUUUGGCAAGAGCUGAACAUUAAGUUUUGCCCCUCACCAGUAUCCGUUUUGAAAUGCCUAUUGUAGCAAAGCCCAGUCAGUGGAAAUUAUACAAGACGACUAAGAGUAAAAUUAGAAUCGGACCGAGUGCAUCCUUGAUCAUCUCAAAAGACUGAUCUUCCAAACUUUCAUGUUUUUUAAAAUACAAGCUGGCUUUUCAGGAGUAUAAUGUAUGCACUACUGUUCUAUAACAAAUUACCUUUUGGGGUUUUUUUUUUUGGUUCUGUUUUAUGUUUUGAGUCAUUGUAGGACUCAGAUUUGGUUUGAAAAUAAUGUAGCCUUGUAGAAUAGUCAAAUACCAUAGUAUGUGAAGGUGAUCUCAGUUGUAAAUAGUAAAUCUGAUGAAAUAAAGUCUGUAUAUCCUCCCUCCAAAA